AUGGACAGAGUGACAGAAGAAGCCCUCCGCCUCAACCUCCUCCUGAAGAGGGGCCUGGAGCAGCCCCGAUGACCGCGAGGAUGUUCUGGCCAAGCAACUCAAGAUGGAAGGCCACGAGGCCAUGGAGAGACUGAAGAUGCUGGCUCUCCUCAAAAGGAAGGACCUUCCCGGGCUGGAACUGCCGCACGAAACCACUCCGCCAAACAGGAUGGACUCAAAACUAUACGACGAGAAAAUGAACGGGAACCUGCGGCCCCACGUGGACACCCGGCCCUCUGGAAGGCAUGGCAAAGGAGAACAUCAACGAAGAGCCAGUGGACAUGAGCUCCAGACGGGGGGAGCCGGACCGGGCCGGACUGACCCCCUCCCCCGACGUCAUCGUCCUCUAUCUGACAACGAGGCCUCCAGCCCACGAUCCACCUCCCGGCGCCGACGACAAGAUCAAGCUGGCCAACCUGGAGAACUGUUCAAGGGGGAAGAGCAUGGAGGAGCGGCAGCAGCUGAUCAAGCAGCUGAAGGAGGAGCUGCGGCUGGAGGAGGCGCGGCUGGUGCUGCUGAAGAAGCUGCGUCAGAGUCAGCUGCAGAAGGAGAACGUCCUGCAGAAGAAUCCCGUGGCGCAGAACGCGGCCACCAUCGUCCAGCCGUCACCCACACACGUGGGGCAGCCCAGCCUGGCGAAAGUCCCGUCGCGGCCAGGAGCUCCGGGAUUGGACGUGCAGAAUCUGCGCAGCAUUCAGACUCACAGCGUCAUCCGCUCCUCCUCCAACGCCCCCCUGCCGCACAUGAUGAUGUCACAGAGAGUCAUCGCCCCCAACCCCACCCAGCUCCAGGGCCAGUGUGUCCCGCCCAAAUCCAGCCUGAUCCGCAACAGCACGCCGAGCAUGACGACGCAGGCGCUCAACUACCCGCAGCAAUCCGCCUCGUCCGUCCCGUGUCAGCGCAGCAGCUCGUCCGCCAUGUACAUGAACCUUGGCUCCCACCUGCAGGCCGGCUCCGUCAACCCGACGUCAAAUGAGUGUCUUCCCCCCCCCUGCCCAGUCCCAGCUCCGUGCAGGACCCCGUCAGCUCCCAGGCUGCCGCCAAGCUGGCCCUGCGCAAGCAACUGGAGAAAACGCUGCUGGAGAUCCCUCCGCCCAAGCCACCCGCCCCGCUCCUCCACUUCCUGCCCAGCGCCGCCAACAGCGAAUUCAUCUACAUGGUGGGCCUGGAGGAGGUGGUGCAGAGCGUCAUCGACAGCCAGGGCAAAGGCUGCCCCCUCGCUGCUUCACAUGGACCCCUUCACUUGCGCCCAAUGCCGCACCGACUUCACCCCCCACUGGAAGCAAGAGAAGAGCGGGAAGAUCCUGUGCGAGCAAUGCAUGACGUCCAAUCAGAAGAAAGCGCUCAAAGCAGAACACACACCAACCGACUAAAAAAAACGCCUUCGUCAAAGCCUUGCAGCAGCAGGAGCAGGAGAUCGAGCAGAGGUUGCAGCACCAGGCCUCCUUAUCCCCGGGCACCCCUCCAGCCAUCAGCAAGCAGGAAAGCAUCAUACGGCAUCACUCCAUGAGACCGGCCGCCCAGCCACAGAGCACGCUGCAGAGAGGAAUGCCCACCGCCCGCUCCAUGCUCUCCAACUUCGCCCAGGCACCGCAAUUACCCGUGGCUGGGAGCUUGCUUGGCAUGCCAGGUGUGAACAUUGCGUACCUGAACGCCGGAAUGGGAGGCCAUAAACCCGUCACCCUGGCAGACCGGCAGCGGGAGUACCUCCUGGAUAUGAUCCCCCCACGUUCCAUAUCGCAGUCCAUCACUGGGCAGAAAUAG